AUGUCAGCCGUAGCUCCUUUGCAAGUCAUGCGACAUUCAAGAGACGAAAAUGGUGAGAGCAAGGAGGACGCAUUCUUUGUAGAACACCAUAUGCUGCAGGAGAUUGUGCAGAAGACCAGGAGGCUGAUGGAGAAGGCCUUCAAGAAGCGAUUCUUUGUCUGCUACGAUCCCGAGCUGUUUCCGGAGACUUCAACGAAGAAAGACAAAGCCAAAUGGCCACAUUCUUGCGUCUUGUCAAUGGCUUGCGCUCUUAUCCCUAACCUGACGGAGCUAAAUUUUCUUCAGUUGGUAGUGGACAGCCUUUACGAAGGAAGACUCUCGGAUCAACAACGGACAAAGCUAGUUGAGGCAGUGAAGAAAACUUUUUGGGACAUGAUUUUUUCAAUGGCAAUAAGAGCGUCCACGAAGCUAUCGGCCGCAGGUGGUGUAGGGUUUGGGGCAGGAAACCCUCGAAAGGAUAACCUUUGGAGGGGCAGAGGUACGAACUCUUCCGCUGGUAUUCAGAACGCAGGAGGCACAUCAUCAUCAGCAAGCAACGUGUGGGCGCCCAGAGAGAGCUUGGUCUCAACAUCAAACCUCUUUAAGGGCCUCUUUGAUAAGAGAGCUUCAGUGGCAGGCAAUAUCUUAGUCGGAUUUCCUUUGGAGACUUUAGUGGAUGAGAAGAUAGAAAGCUUUCUGAAGUUUACCCUCGGACUGGUGAUGCCGCAUGACUUUGAGCCUCAGAAUGUGCCGGAUGGGUCCUGGAUGAAACACUAG